AUGGGUGGGGACGGGUGCAGUGGGGAGGGGCACGGGUCUCUUCCCUACCUAGAAACCUUAAGGCUUGAGAAAGGACCCCGGGGCCUGGCAGCUGCUGCCUCUAAGCGAGCAGAGGACAGAAGACAGUUUGGGGACGAGGCGCGUUCGCAGGCGGUUGGCGACCGUUGGGAGUGGACAGGGCACGGCUGGGGGUCGCCGACGUCACCGCGCGCGCACCGGGCGGCUCUCCCGGGACCGCUGGGACCGGGAGACUCCGGACCUGAAGGCGACCCGGAGGACUCCAGUCGCCAGCGCUCUUGCCGGUUCCGACGAGGGGUGACGGAGGUCUGCGCCGAUGAGCGAGGGCCAGGGCGAGGGCGCCCGGGCGCAGCCCCCAGCCUCGGCGCCUCUGCAGGCGGCCGGAGCCGAGCCGGUGCGGUGCCUGGACGCGGCCGGCCAGCAGGGGGCGCGACUCGUCCCCCGGGGCCCCGCGGCGACCGAGGCCAGCCUGGAGGAGUGGACGCCGUUCCCGGCCUCGCUGUGGCUGUUUCCCGACCUGCUGGAGCACAGGAUGCAGUUUUAGAAGCUGGGGAGCAUCGGGGCCCAGCACGCCCCCGACUUCUGGCCGCUCUGCCUCCCUCAGCGCUCAGCUGUUGCAGUGCCCUAACCUGCCCCAGGCCCUUGGCACCAAAUGACGCUUGGCGGAACCAUCAAGGCCUGAAAGCACGCGCAGUCUUGUGUGUGGCCAUGAUGGCCUGGAGGACUGCUCUCACCAGCGGAAGGCUGUGGCUUUCUUCUGCCAGGUACAAUGGGCAGACAACUUCCUGCGUCAGCAUUGGGCACUGGGAGGAAAUGCAGGGGUCAGGAGCUGAGGAGGGGCAGAGCGCUUUCCCCUAGGGAUGUGCUGAUGGACACCUCUGGCAGUUCUGGGUGCGCUUGGCACCGCAAGUUUGGGCUGAGCCAGCCACCCAGAGAAGGGGGAGAGUGCUCCUUCACCAUGUCUUUCAGCAAGGGCUCACAGCUGGGUAGAUGUCUACCUGAUUAUAGUCUUCUUCCUUGUUCCCAACUCACUUCCAGAAAUAUCUAAAGGAGGGAAGAGAUAAAUGCAUAGGUGGAUUUCCCAUGGGCUGCAAUGGAGGGUUGCACUUCCCUGGAAGCACCCCAUGGCCUCCGAUGAAUCUCGGCUCCCCAGGAGGGCGGAACCUCUUGAUGAGGCUUCAUUUGGUGAGACUGGACUACAGCUGCACUCUGGGGGAGUUUGUUUGCUUUUAGAUUCUCUACAGUUGGCUCCCUUUUCUAUACCAAUUCUUGCUUUAGACAAGAGGUUUCUUCCUGUUCCAUCAUUUUCACUUGUUUCCAUGGAAAAUAUUACCUGCCUCUCCAAUCACAAUGUAACUGCCACAAGGUCACAAGUUCUGCCUUAAGUCACUGCUCUGUCCUCACUGCUUAAAAUAAUGUUUGGUCCUGAGUUAAGUGCUUGAUAAGAAAUAUCUGUGGAAUUCUGAAU